AUGAUCCGCCUGACGGGCACGCGCCGUGACGUCACGCAGGUGUCUGGAGGACGUGAUCGUCCAAACAAACCGAGCGAGUAUCCUCCAGGACGGACUCUUAAAAAGCUCCUGGAUACGUGUUUGUCUUCAGCUGGAGUUCACAUGGAGUCUGCAAACGGUCAGCGUGGGCGGGACGGUGGCAGCCUGAGGCGUUCUCCUCUCGACGUCAUCAUGAACCAGAUCCGCAGGAAACGCUCGUUCACAGACAGGAAGCCGCUGGGACGCUUCCUGUCCAGAUCCUCCAGCCAGACGGGGAUCCCAGAGGACGGAACGCCGGAGACCAGAGAGGACAAAGGAGGACAGAGCUCAGGUGACAGUGAACGCCACAUGGGCUGGGGAGGAGUCAGUGUUUUCCUGCAGAGGCUGGGAAAGAAGAGUGACAGCAGGAACCUCAGUCUGGGUCACUGUGAUCUGACGGCCACAGACCUGCUGGAGCUCGCGUCGUUGCUGCAGUUCCUCCCUCAGCUGGAGGAGGUGGACGUCUCCUGGAACGAGCUGAUUGGUGGAUCUCUGGCGGCGCUGACGUCUCACCUGCAGCAGGUGUCUGGGAUCAGAACCCUGAGGAUCUGCAGCUGCAGGCUGAACGCCGAUGACGUCACCGCUCUGGGCGACUCUCUGGGCAGCGUCCCUCUCUUGGAGAUCCUGGACUUGUCGUGGAACAGCGGCGUUGGAGGCGGCGCUCUGCAAGGCCUUCUGGGUAAACUGCAGCCGGCGCUGAGGGAGCUCCACCUGGUGGCCUGUCAGCUGACUGCGGCUGAUGCUGCUGUUCUGGGGGGCGUGGUGGCUGCUCUGCCCAGACUCUCUCUGCUGGAUGUCUCCUGUAACCCUCAGCUCUCACAGGAAGUGGAUGUCGGUGGAUUCAAGCAGCUGGCCUCCUCCCUCUCUCACACCACCAACCUCACCACGCUGCGACUACAGGCCUGUGGGCUGACGGCCGACGGACUCUACGCUCUCGGUGGUUCGCUCCGCUACCUCCCCUCUGUGCGGGAGUUGGACCUGUCCUGUAACAAGCAGCUGUCUGGAGGCCUGAGCCGCCUCACCUGUCACCUGUCUCAUGUCACUCACCUGGAGAGCCUGGACCUCCACCUGUGCUGCCUGAGCCUCAGCGACCUGGAGCAGCUCAUCCAGGUGCUGCCCUCUCUGACCUCACUGACGGAGCUCGACAUCUCGUCCAAUCAGGAGGCUGGGGGCGUGGUCCGGCCGCUGGUCUCCGCCCUCCCAGUGAGACAGAUGAGGAGGCUGCCGUUAAACAGCUGCAGCCUGAAUGAGGAGUCCUUCACUGCUCUGGCCCUGGUGGUACCAAACCUUCGCAGCGUAGAUGUUUCCUGGUGUAAGGUGGUUGGUGGUCGUUUGUCUCUGCUGCUGGACUCCCUAAAGCCGUCAAUCAUCCUGGAGCUCCGCCUCAGCAGCUGUGACCUCAUCACCGACGACCUGCAUCACCUAGCCUCAGCGAGCAGACGAGGUUUCCUGUCGUCUCUGCGGGUCCUGGAUUUGUCCUACAAUGGCUCUGUGGGAGACGAAGGCUGGUCGGCUCUGUUCUCUGCUGGAGGUCUGGGCUCUCUGGAGGACGUGGACGUCAGCCUGCGGCCGUCCUCCUCCGCCCGCUGCUCCGCCUGGCUGCCCUCGCUGCUCAGAGCGCUGCCCCGGUCGGCGGCUCUGGCCCGGCUGGCGUUACAGCGCUGGACGGUCGGUUUGGAGGAGAGGAGGCAGCUGGAGUUCAUCCUGAGGAAGAGGAGCGUCCUGCUGGAGUGGGAUCAGGAUGGUGGAGAGCUCAGAGGGACAGAACCAGAGGAGUAGGAACCAGACAUCUGCUGGAAACCAGCAUUUACAGCAUCAAAUUCACUGGAGAGUUUCUGUCAUUUGUACCACUAACAUACAUAAAAGAGAUAAUAUUUUACAUCCUGAAGGUUUUUACACCUGAACCUUCUGAUCAACCAUCCCUGAUACACUGGAUUUUUAGAUUAACAUCAAAUACUUUCCACUCUUUCUGCACAUUUUUUACACUUUUAAAUCUGAGUCUGUGUUUAGACGACAACAUCUCAGGAACUAUUGAAGGCAAAAGCCUGAAAUUUUCAGUUAUUUCAGGAUAAUAAAAUGAAAAAUACGUCCAUCUUAAAAUAUACAUAUAUGUUUUUUCCUACUUCAGGAACUCCAGAACACUGUUUUACCUGCAUCUUUUUGUAUAUUUUUUGGUCAUUUUGCACAAUUUUGGAGUAAUCUGAGGAAACAACUGUGUAAUUGUCAACUAUUUUUUGUCAUUUUGGACAAAGUUUGACUCGUUUUGGACACAUUUUUAGCAAUUUUUGACAAAUAUUAGAGGGAAAUUUUGAUUAAUUUCCGAGAAUUUUUGUCUUUUUGAACAAAUAUAAUUAUUUUAUACAAACACUAAGUCAUUUAACAUACAUUUGAGGAUUUUUGUUGUCUUUUUUGUUAAGUUUUAGUUCAUUUUGGCUUUAAUUUUAGAUCAAUUUUGUCAUUUUUGAUACAUUUUGAGUUAUUUUUGACAAAUCAUUAAUCAUUAUUAUGACAUUUUGCAAAGAUUUUGAGUAAUUUUUGUAAAUUUUGUUGUCUUUUUGUACAUUUUUUGGUCAUUCUGGAAAAUUUUGAGUAAAUUUGGACACAUUUUGAGUUAUUUCAGACAAUUAUUGGGAAAUUUUGAGUAUUUUUUGACUAUAUUUGUCACUUUGGACAAAUUUUGAUUCAUUUUGGAUUCGUUUUGGGCAAAUGUGUGCACGUUAUGGCUCCUUUUGUACUAAUUUUGAGUCAAUUUGGACACAUUUUGAGUUAUUUUUGACAAAUCAUUCGUCAUUAUUGUGACAUUGUGGACAAGUUUUGAGACAAAAUUCAUUUUAUAAUUUUUUUUGCCAUUUUGGACAAGUUUACAGGAACAUUGAAAAAAAAUUGUGUAAUUUUCAACUACAUUCUUUGUCAUUUUGGACAAAUGCAGUUGUAUUCGAAGACAUUUCAAGCUGAAACUAACAAAAACAACCACAUUAAAGUGUGAGAGUGAACUUCUAGGACAACAUGGAGAUUAAAUUCUUCAGUUUCCAAACACUUGGACAAACACCAUCUGCUGAAGAAGAUCGUGAUUCAAUAAAAAGCUCCAGAAGCACGUCUGAUGUGAAUAUGAUCGUAUUGACACAAGAAAAUAUUGGAUAUUUGGUUUUAUAAAUCAUGUCUGUGAUGACCUUAGUUGACGUUAUAUUUUAUAUUUUUGCAC